GCUCGCAUCGCCACUUUUGUGUAGAAACAAAACAAAAAUGCUUCGAAAUACAACAACUUCACAUACAUCGAUCGCACUCAGAGCCCUUCAGCGGUCGCUUGGUCGCUCGGCUGCCCGUCAGCAGCUGCCGCGAGUCGCGGGUUCUCUCGGCGCGCGCGUCGCGAGCAGGUCAGCCUUUGCGAACAAUCACCAGAACUCGCUCACUCUGACUCCUCGCGCGCUCUUCUCGACCUCGGCUGCUCGGCCCGCAGCAGCUGCUGGAGAUGGCAAGAAAAACAAGAACAGCAGCGGGUUCGGCAAGAACUUCAACAUGAACCUGGGCGGCAGCGAUAGUGCGUUGGAAACAUACGGUACUGAUCUCACUAAGCUUGCCAUGGAGGGAAAGCUUGAUCCGGUUAUCGGUCGAGACGAAGAGAUCCGGCGAACGAUCCAGAUCUUAUCACGAAGAACCAAGAACAAUCCGGCAUUGAUCGGAAACGCGGGAACAGGAAAAACAGCAAUCAUGGAAGGUCUAGCCCAGCGCAUCGUUCGCGGUGAUGUGCCCGACAGUAUGAAGGAGAAAACCGUCAUCGCUCUCGAUCUCGGAGGCCUGAUCUCGGGUGCAAAGUACCGUGGUGACUUUGAACAGCGAUUGAAGCAAGUGCUCCAGGAAGUCGAAGAGGCGGAAGGAAAGAUCAUUCUCUUUGUCGACGAACUCCACAUCCUUCUCGGUCUCGGAAAGUCCGAUGGAUCUGUCGACGCUGCAAAUCUCCUCAAACCACUUCUUGCUCGAGGCAAGCUGCAGUGCUGCGGUGCAACCACCCUCGAAGAGUACAGAAAGUACAUUGAGAAAGAUGCUGCUCUCGCCCGUCGGUUUCAGUCUGUGCUUGUCAAUGAACCCUCGGUGCAAGACGCCAUCAGCAUCCUGCGAGGUCUGAAGGAACGUUACGAGGUGCACCACGGUGUCCGAAUCACCGACGGUGCGCUCGUCACUGCGGCUACUUACAGUAACCGCUACAUCACCGACAGAUUCCUCCCCGACAAGGCCAUCGAUCUGGUCGACGAAGCUUGCUCUGCUCUGCGCCUGCAGCAAGAGUCCAAACCAGAUGCAAUCCAAGAACUAGACCGUGGCAUCAUGACCAUCCAGAUCGAGCUCGAGUCACUCAAGAAGGAAAGCGAUCCUCUUUCAGUCGAACGACGGAAGAAGCUUGAAACCGAUCUCAAGCUCAAACAAGACGAAGUCAAACGGCUGACAGAGAUCUGGGAGAAGGAAAAGAAAGAGCUCGAGCGGAUCAAGACCGCCCAGUCUGACCUCGAAAAGGCUCGAAUCGAUCUCGAGAUUGCCCAGCGAACAGGUGACUUUGCCCGUGCUUCCGAACUCAGAUACUCUCGAAUCCCGCAACUCGAAAGCCUGGUCCCGAAAGAAGGAGAGGUGAACACCUCUUCCCUGCUCCAUGAUGCAGUCACUUCUGACGACAUCGCCGCCGUUGUCUCGAGAAUGACCGGUAUCCCCACUCAGUCGUUGAUGCGGGGUGAGCGCGACAGACUCCUGUACAUGGAGGACUCGCUCAAGCAGCGCGUAGUCGGCCAAGACGAAGCUAUCCAUGCUAUCUCCGACGCCGUCCGCCUGCAGCGCGCUGGUCUCACAAACGAAAAACGUCCUGUCGCCAGCUUCUUGUUUCUCGGUCCUACUGGAACCGGUAAGACCGAGCUGACGAAAGCUCUGGCUGAGUUCCUGUUUGACGACGAAGGUGCGGUCGUGCGAUUCGACAUGAGCGAGUUCCAGGAGAAGUUUGCAGUCUCGCGACUGAUCGGUGCACCCCCCGGCUACGUCGGCUACGACGAGAGUGGCGAGCUCACCGAGGCCGUCCGGCGCAAGCCAUACGCUGUCGUUUUGUUUGAUGAAUUUGAGAAAGCACAUCCGGAUGUGUCGAAACUGCUUCUGCAGGUUCUCGACGAAGGAUUCUUGACUGACUCGCAGGGCCGGAAGGUGGAUUUCCGCAACACAAUCAUCGUCAUGACGAGUAACAUCGGUCAGGAAUUCUUAAUCUCCGGAUCCGAUGAGGAACUGACCUCCGGCCACGUCAGCGAGGACGCAAAGCAGAAAGUACUCAAGACAGUCAGCCAGCUCUACCCUCCCGAAUUCAUCAACCGUAUCGACGAAACCAUCGUCUUCAACAGGUUAUCAAAGGAAGCCCUCCGCAGGAUCGUCGACAUCCGCCUCAGCGAAGUCCAGGAGCGCAUCCACGACAAGCGCAUCACGCUCCAAGUCGACGAGGAAGUUCGCGACUGGUUGUCCGACAAGGGCUUUGAUCCGCUGUAUGGUGCGCGGCCGCUCAACAGAUUGAUCCAGAAGUCGAUUCUCAACCAGCUCGCUAUGCAUCUCAUUAAGGGACAGAUUUUGCCGGGCGAGAACGCGGUCGUGAAGAUUGCUGAUAACGAGAUCUUUGUCGUUCCAAACCAUGAUGCCAACUAGUUUCUGUUGUCAUGUUUUCUCAACUAGUUAUCAUUUUUUGUAUAUAGUAUUGUCUUUAUUAGGACAUUGGUUAAUAUAGAGUAUUAUGAUAAGCUUA